ACACUGCGAGUAGCUCUUGAAGCUCAAACCAGGUGAUCUACAGAAGAGAGAGAGAGAGAGGGAGAUGGCGUGGAGCGCGACGAUGGUUGGAGCUCUGCUGGGGCUGGGCACGCAGAUGUACUCCAACGCUCUCCGCAAACUCCCUUACAUGCGCCAUCCGUGGGAACAUGUGAUUGGGAUGGGUCUCGGGGCGGUGUUCGUGAACCAGCUGGUGAAAUGGGACGCUAAGCUCCAGGAAGAUCUCGACAAGAUGCUUGAGAAGGCCAAGGCUGCCAAUGAGCGCCGCUACUUCGAUGAAGAUGAUGAGUAGUAGCAUUUCGUCUUUCUGUCUGAACCGUGGCCUUCAACCUUUUACAUGGUGGGAUGCAGACACAACUUGCUUGCAUACUGUGCCGUUCGAGUUUCAAGCAUGCUUUUCUAUGUGAAUUGCAUAAGCAGACGUCAAGCAUUGCAGUGAUAAUUUUUUAAGAGGCUUGCUUUUUUGUGAUAUUAGUGUAAUGUGUUUGGGGCCUCUUUCUGUUGGGCUUUGGGACUAGGUGGAAUAUCAUACUUGCAUUUUUAAUAAUUCUAUAACAGGUAAGGCACGGUUUUCUUUGAAUU